AUGGGAAAGUCACUUGCUUCCACAGGCAAACUCCUAGAACUCUACAAAAUAGUCUCUUCACAGAGACCAAAACACAAAAGAAGAAUCAUUCCCAUUGUUCCAUUGCGGCCGAGCGAGGUCCGCGUUGACUCAGAGCGAUUGAAGGUGAAAAAGAUGGAAGAGAGUUCUCUUAUUUUGGAUGGCCAAAAACGGGUGCCCUUAGGUCUGGUUGUCUCUGAUUGUUCUAAAAGAUGGUUUCAAGAUACACUAAAGGAAGCAAAGACUGGUGAUAUUACCAUGCAAGUUCUUGUGGGUCAGAUGUAUUUUAAUGGCUAUGGCGUCCCUAAAGAUGUUGAAAAGGGAAGUGCUUGGAUGAGUAGAGCUUCAAAACGUCGAGCUUCAGUAUGGAAAGUAAGCGAUAAACGUCCAGGUUAUAAUGCAAGUGACUCAGAUUCAGAUGAAGUGGAGGAUGACAGGAAAUAA